AUGGCGAAGUUGCUGAGCCUGUGCCUGGUGGUGUGUUCCGUGGUGUUGUGGGGUGCAAGUGCAGAAGUGUGCCUACAGGGCUGUCAGAGGCGCCGGUCUGGGACCUGUGCGGUGGAGAAUGCAGGGUUCUACAGGCAGUGGUGGGCGUUUCACCGACAUGUGUUCACGGGCCAUCGCCGACUGAAAGAUGCGCUGGAGGCCAAUCUAAUGUGCGCUGAGUGUCACACGGCAGUAUCUCAGCGCUAUCCCAGCAUGCCUCUCUGUCUGGAAAAAGAGCGAUUCGUCGUGGUCAAAGGUCACAACUUCCGGUUCCUCACAGACGAAGUUCUCCGGCCGUUCCAACAGGUGCUCAGCCUCUCGCUCUUGGAGGCCAACGUCACGCACGUGACUACGGGCGCUCUCGCGAGACUACGAAACCUCGAGUUUCUCGGAAUUGCGAACAACAACAACGUACCCGUCCUCGAGACGGGCAGUUUCUCCCUCCCGGAAGCAAGAUGGCUGUCCCUGAGACAGAACAAGAUCCACACGAUCGAACCUCGUGCGUUUGAUCCUUCCCGUCACGUGACCCACCUGGAUCUCCAUGGCAACGACCUCCAUGUCGUCAUGGCUGCCUCCUUCGCUGGUCUGACGUCAUUGACCUCGCUUGACCUCGGCUCCAACCAGAUCAAGUACGUCACAUCACGCGCGUUCGAGUCCCUGUCGUCACUUGAGUCUCUCAACCUUGAGAGCAACGAUCUAGAUGCAGUCAAGAAACACUGGUUCUGUGGCCUUUCCCGCCUGGAAACCCUCAACCUAGCAAAGAACAGGAUAACAGAAAUACAUCAGGGCAGCUUCCAGGCACUUCAGGCUCUGCGAUCUCUCGAACUCUCCAGCAACAAACUGACCUACGCUCACGAGCAUUGGUUCCACAACAUGACGAGCCUUGAGAAGCUCUCCCUGGCGGACAAUCAGAUCAUUGCAGGAUCAGAUGAGUCGCUGACUGGGUUGAUGAUGACAGUGGAUUUGCGCCACAAUCCUCUGCGGUGCACGUGUGCAAACCGGUGGAUUCAGGAGCUGAAUUUCGACAACAGCAGCCGGCCAACCUGCGGGUAUCCGUCCCUGUGGCGUGGCCAAAAACUUUCGGACCACAACGUGACGUUCCCAUGCCCACUUGCAGCGCUGCCCACCAAACUGGUGGUGUCUGCCGUUCCUACAUCACUCUUAUCAGCGCCCCCUGUCUCCUUCCACUAUACUUACACCGCCACCUGCCGCCUGUACUGGGAACGACUGCCCCAACUCGUGUGGACGAUCGGGAACGAGACGAGUGUGAGCCUGCCAAACGAUCUGCCUCCUGGUCAGAAGAAGACAGUGACUGUAUCCAUGGCAACGUACAACAUCACGGCAACGGUGGAACAUACCAUAUCCAAGAAGGGGUGGCCCUGCCGACGAUGUGUCGUGCUUAACGCUGGAGAGCAACUAGCUGGGACUGGAAGCGACAAUUCUUUGAGCUACCUGGGCAAGACGGUGUCCAAAAUACAGGUGCGAACAGACCGUGUCAUCACCUCGCUGGAUUGCAUCGCUGUAACUGAGGACAAAAAUUUCACAAUUCCGACCGCCCCUACUUCCCAACAAACUGUAACAACGGUCAAACCUUCACCGACGACUGCCACCAACCGCGCCAACUCCGAGCAGACCUCACCGAAGCGCCACCUCGCGACCACACCUCGACCUGCAACUACAGCUUCACCUGUCACAGGGAAACCACCGGACACGGGAGAGACGUCGGGGAGUUUGUCGUGCGUCCUGAUCGCCCUGCUGGCCUCGGCAGUGAUGGGGCUGCUGACCGGCGUCCCUUCUCUGAUCGUCAUGCAUCGGCGGAAACGGAAAGGCCGGCGCGAGAAGAAAAUCUGGCAAGAGUCUCUGAGAAGAAGCCUGACGGCCAACAAGACCUACACGGGCACGGAAGGCAAAAUAACCACCGUGAGCGACUUAGACAACGACCCUGAUGAUGUACUUACACCCAACCUAUACGAAACUGCACACGAAUACGAGAGAUGCCCGUCACCCUUGCCGCUGCCACCUGUGACGCCUGUACAGGAGCGCCACCCUGCGGAUAGGAAGUCAAUGGCAUACGUCAGCCCCAACGUCUCCGACAGCGACUGCGGGGUGUACAGGCAGGAGGAGGACGACGCCGUCCCCGCCGAUCCGGACGCCCCGCCCCUGGAGGUCUACACUCCCGGUGACGACACAUCGGGAGACGAGGGCCCUUCUGGAGAAAUCGACAGAGAAUCGUGCUCCAGCAUAGACAUAGAUUAUGAGGACGCAUGCGAUGGAACGGCCUAA